CUUAACAAACACAGGGACGAUAACAUAAAGACAGCAGAGGACCGUGGGUAUCAUUACAAGGCCCGGUCGCCUCUAGAAAAGAUAACGGUGCCUGUGAGGUAAAGUCUAUUAUGCGGUACAUGGUAAGAAACCAUAUGUUUGCUUAAUGAAGUUAAACAUGAUAACGGCAGCUAUUUUUCAUUUAGCUUGUUAGCUCGCGUAUUGGCUACAAGUGCUGCCUGUAGCGGCUAGGUUUACUAAAUGCAGCUGAUAGAGCCAUGAAGUUCUCAUGACAGCUGGCAAAUAACGCUAAUUUAACCUUUUACUUGCAAAAUAACAUUAAAUGUUUUAGCAUAUUUCUGCAGCCUGGUUGCUCACUCUAUUUCAGUAAAAAAAAAACUGACUGGAGGAAAAUGGCUUUUAAUGUUUAAUGAGCCAUUGGAGCUAGCAAUGCGUACAUUAUAUCAGAAUAACUUUAGCUUGCCGGUGUCGUAUUGCUGCACUCUAUGGUACAGUUAUAGCGUAUUGAACUAUGAGUGAUAACUAUGUAAAAGUGCAAGUCGAGCUAAUGAAAUCAUUAGGUGAGGUUGGAGAGAAAGAGGGUGUGGACACUGAGGAGCAGGUUCCCAUGUCUCCCCCCUCAGCUGACCCUCCCAUUAUCACCAUAAGUGGACGGGAUGCGUCCAACACCUCCAUCACUUGCAAACAAAGAGGCAAAAGUCGUGGCAGGCUGGUGAAAGAUGACAAGAACUCCAGUGGCAAAAACAUCCCAGACCUGUCACUGCACGGGUCUGGGGUUUCUGCUCAUGCUGGGAAGAACUUGAAUAGACUGGGCCAGGAGCGAACACUUCACAUGACAGGCACUGGGAAGAUACUGCAGGGCAAGUCGGAGAAUAAUGGGAACUAUGUGACCAACCAUCCAUCCCAAAACAUCCAAGAAGUGAGUCGUGAGGAGGCACUUAAACUUGCAAGGAAAAGAAGGCCAGUGACAGUGGAUACAGCCAAAGCCAAAACAUCAUUGGAAGCACUGAAGAUCAGCAUCAAGCAGCUGAAGUGGAAAGAGUUUCCUCUUGGAAGACGAGCUCCCUGUGAUAUAUACUGGCAUGGCGUUUCCUUCCACGACAAUGAAAAUAUCGUCUCAGGGCAGGUGAACAAGUUCCCAGGAAUGAUAGAAAUGCUGAGAAAGAUAAAUAUGAGUCGUGCAAUGCGGACUAUGCAGGAGCUGUUCCCAGAUGAGUACGAUUUUUAUCCCCGUUCCUGGAUCCUUCCGGAAGAGUAUCAGCAGUUUUCUACACAGAUCCGUAUGGUGAAGGAAAAGGAUGCCACGUUGAAUCCCACCUUCAUUGUCAAGCCGGAUGGGGGCUCUCAGGGGGACGGCAUCUACCUCAUCCGUGACCCCAGUGAACUUAAAGUCAUGGCGGGUUCGCAGGCCAAACAAUUUGUGGUGCAGGAGUACAUCCACAAGCCAUUACUCAUCGACAAGCUCAAGUUUGAUAUCCGCCUCUAUGUACUAAUAAAGUCUAUGGAGCCAUUGGAGAUCUACAUUGCCAAAGAAGGCCUGACACGUUUUUGCACUGAGCCCUACCAGGAACCAAGCCAGAAGAAUCUCACCCAUGUCUUCAUGCACCUGACUAACUACUCCCUCAACGUCCACAGCGGCAACUUCGUUCACUCCGACAGCCAGAACACAGGCAGCAAGCGCACCCUCUCUAGCGUGCUGUACAGACUGGCAGCUAAAGGUGUAGACAUCAAGAGGGUGUGGUCUGACAUCAUCGCUCUAGUCAUAAAAACUGUCAUCGCUGUGGUGCCAGAACUCAAAGUCUACUAUCAGGCUGAUAUACCGCCUGGCAAACCAGGACCUACAUGCUUUCAGAUACUAGGAUUUGACAUCCUGCUGAUGAAGAACUUGAAGCCAGUAUUACUAGAGGUCAACUCCAAUCCCAGUAUGAGAAUAGAGCAUGAACAAGAGAUUUCACCUGGAGUGUUUGAGUAUGUGCCCAGUCCAGUUGAUGAGGAGGUCAAAGUGGGUGUAAUCAGGGACACUCUACGCCUUAUGGACCCCUGCCUCAAGAAACCUUCAAUUUCCCAACCGAGGUCAGGUGGGACUGAACACACAGAGGAGAUUCCCAUGGAGGCGGAGACUCAAGAUAGAAGCCCAGAUGAAGGAAGUCUGCCCUCGCUGUGUCUGAAGCAGGUCUACCCCAAAUACACCAAACAGUUCAACUACCUGCGACUGGUGGAGCGAACAGCGGCGCUCUUCAUACGCUUCCUCGGGGUCAAGGGAAACAUGCGCCUGGGCCCCACUGCCUUCCGAACCUUCAUCAGGACCUGUAAGCUAAGCAACAGUAAUUUCACCAUGGCCUCAGUGGACAUCCUCUACAUCGACAUCACACGUCGUUGGUCAGGAGCGGCGCCUGAUUCCAGAGAAGCAGGUAUGGGACUCCAAGCCUUUGUGGAAGCCUUUUUCAUCCUGGCAGGUCGCAGGUUCAAAUCCCUGUCGCUGAGGGAGCAGAUAGUGACCCUCCUGGAGCUGUGUGAGGCUCAGCUCGAGGCCCAGUCGAGCGUCGAGGACAGGCGUUCCGUGAGCUGCAGCCGGGUGCACACCCGAGCCGUCAAGUCUCAGACGCUCGGCCACACCACCACCAACCCUCAGCUCAACUCCCCGGCACCGCUGAGGAGGGCAGCCAGCCAGGACUACCGUCUGCAUCAGAAGCUCAAACCACGCGCACUCAGGGCCAACGUAGAGAACUGAUGGUAGACUUCUCUACAGGAGCUAAAUGAUUAUCCAUCUCCUCUUCCUCUGCUCCUGGAGAGAUGAACGAUGGGAGCUGAGAGAAGGACUAGCUUGACCCCUGCUGGCUGACUUGCAGGAUCACUCUCCUCAGCCUGAUUGCUUUUUUUUCUUCCCAGAGGAGUGUGUCUGCAGGGGUUGCUGAAUCUGAAAUAAAAUGAGGUAUAUAAGGAAGUGAAGAUCAUACAUGAGCGUUAGGUCCAAUCAGGAGGAUGAGGAGGAGGAGGAUUCUACAGGGCAGCUAUUUGCUACCCUUCACCUUCAUCUGGCAACACGUACACUGACACAAACUUCCAGAUUCGUCACGUUUGAUGCAUUUAAACUCAGACGGGUGCGAGGGAGUGACCUUACUAAGUGUAUUAUAUUCUUGAAUUUGCACAAAAACUCUUUGAACUCAAACAUUUGCACAGAAAUGGAUGUGAGGGUGACUGAGCAGCCUUUGUUUGGCCCCAUUGUGGCUGUUUGUGUGUAUACUGUACUGUACUGUAUUUUAUUUGGGUUUAGCUCAAUAGUGCAAGUCUAUUUACAGCCAGUGGCUCAGCUGUGUGUCCGUGCUCCGAGAGCCCAUUAGUGACGAGUUAAGUGAAUAAGUAUUCAAAGGGAAAAGGCCACGAUGCCACUUAUCCUCUCUCAGUUCAGCAGCUACUCCAGUCAGGCAGUCAAAGACCUCCAGCAAACAUGUUCUUAGGAUGAUUUCUUUAAAGCCACACAACUGCCAUCGGGAAUAUUAUAUUUCAGACAUAGUUGCAUGGUGCAUAAAUUCAAGAUCUUAAUACUGCAUUGUUUCAGAUGCUUUUGUAAUAAACCUCUUCUGUCUGAUGCUUUUAUUGGUUACACGUACAAUUGAACAAAUAAAAAGGUUUUAGACCCUUGCUUCCAAUGAUCACUACUACAGUUACGCCUGUUUGUUUGUUCUUCACUCACACUAAGAUGAUUAAAGAAAUGUGUCACAAGCAGACCAAGUCGUGAACUAAGAGUGAUGUGUAACACUAAAAGACACUGGUAUUUAUACUGUAGGGCUGACAUAUUUACCGCAGUAUGUACCUUAUGAUAUGAAGUGUAUUUAAGGUUCUUGAUAUGGGUCAAAUAUAUUGAUAACACUGCUGCACAAAUAAAAUUAAUUUUGACCUUCCAA